AUGGGAUCCAGGAGGCGGGGGACCCAGCACAGGCGAGAGGCACAGGGAUUUCGCCAGAUGGUGUUAAAAAGAAGCCCCAGGACAACAGAAUCUGAUGAUGUCCGCGGGGACCCUGCACUCAGCCAUCAAAGCGCUCCUGCCCCUCAGGAUGCUCGCAAUUCAGUCGUAGGUGCAGGUGGCGUGGAGAGCAUCACCCAGUGUUCCCAGAAGCUUCCUCAGAUGAUGGCUGCAGCGGCCGAUGGUUUGGGGAGCAUCGCAAUAGACGCGACCCAGCUGAACAUGUCCGUGACGGACCCCACCGCCUGGGCCACCGCCAUGAAUAACUUGGGCAUGGUUCCCGUGGGGUUGCCUGGACAGCAGCUCGUGUCAGACUCGAUCUGUGUACCAGGCUUUGAUCCAGGCCUCAACAUGAUGACUGGGAUCACCCCUAUUAAUCCGAUGAUACCAGGCCUGGGGCUGGUACCACCCCCACCGCCAACAGAAGUGGCUGUCGUCAAAGAAAUAAUCCACUGCAAAAGUUGUACUCUUUUCCCUCAAAAUCCAAAUCUUCCACCCCCCUCCACAAGAGAACGACCUCCCGGGUGUAAGACUGUCUUUGUCGGAGGAUUACCGGAAAACGCCACCGAGGAGAUCAUCCAGGAAGUCUUUGAGCAGUGCGGUGACAUCACAGCAAUUCGGAAAAGCAAGAAGAAUUUCUGUCACAUCCGCUUCGCCGAGGAGUUCAUGGUUGAUAAAGCCAUUUACCUUUCUGGUUACCGGAUGCGCUUAGGGUCCAGCACGGACAAAAAGGAUUCGGGCCGCCUGCACGUGGACUUUGCCCAGGCGCGGGACGACUUUUAUGAGUGGGAGUGCAAGCAGCGGAUGCGCGCCCGCGAGGAGCGGCACCGGCGCAAGCUGGAGGAGGACCGCCUGCGGCCGCCCUCGCCACCGCCCAUCAUGCACUACUCGGAGCACGAGGCCGCCCUGCUGGCCGAGAAACUCAAAGACGAUAGCAAAUUUUCAGAGGCCAUCACGGUGCUGCUGUCCUGGAUCGAGCGAGGGGAGGUGAACCGGCGGUCCGCAAACCACUUCUACUCCAUGGUGCAGUCGGCCAACAGCCACGUGCGCCGGCUGAUGAACGAGAAGGCCACCCAUGAGCAGGAGAUGGAGGAGGCCAAGGAGAAUUUCAAAAAUGCCUUAACUGGCAUCCUCACUCAAUUUGAGCAGAUUGUGGCCGUUUUCAACGCUUCUACCAGACAAAAAGCUUGGGACCAUUUCUCGAAAGCUCAGCGCAAGAACAUAGACAUUUGGCGAAAGCACUCUGAGGAACUUCGGAAUGCUCAGAGUGAGCAGCUUAUGGGCAUCCGUCGUGAAGAAGAGAUGGAAAUGUCAGACGAUGAGAACUGUGACAGCCCCACUAAAAAAAUGAGAGUCGAUGAAUCAGCCCUGGCCGCCCAGGCCUAUGCACUUAAAGAAGAGAAUGACAGCCUCCGAUGGCAGCUGGACGCCUACAGGAACGAGGUGGAGCUGCUGAAGCAGGAGAAGGAGCAGCUGUUUCGGACGGAGGAAAACCUGACCAAGGACCAGCAGGUGCAGUUCCUGCAGCAGACCAUGCAAGGCAUGCAGCAGCAAUUGCUGACCAUCCAGGAGGAGUUGAACAACAAAAAGUCAGAACUGGAGCAAGCAAAGGAAGAGCAGUCACACACGCAAGCAUUACUCAAAGUCCUCCAGGAACAAUUGAAGGGUACCAAGGAGUUGGUCGAGACCAAUGGCCACAGCCACGAGGACACAAAUGAAAUCAAUGUAUUGACAGUCGCGUUGGUCAACCAAGACCGAGAGAACAACACUGAGAAAAGGAGCCAAGGCUUAAAAUCAGAGAAGGAAGCUCUGCUGAUUGGCAUCAUAUCCACGUUUCUUCACGUCCAUCCUUUCGGAGCCAACAUAGAGUAUCUCUGGUCAUACAUGCAGCAGCUGGAUUCCAAGAUAUCUGCAAACGAAAUCGAAAUGCUUUUGAUGAGGUUGCCACGCAUGUUUAAACAGGAAUUCACAGGCGUGGGAGCAACGCUGGAAAAAAGGUGGAAGUUGUGUGCCUUUGAAGGAAUUAAAACUACCUAACUGUGAAAAGCGAUGAAAUCUCUGGACGAAACUGCCUGAACCCGGUCAGGGCUGUGCCACGUGAGCCCAGGAGGUUUGGGGCAGGUCCAACGCGGGACCUUUAUGGAGCCGUCAGAGCCUGACUGUAGUUACAUCUGUGGCGUUCUCUUGUGAGUGGAAAUGUAAUUGUGUACCAGUUCCCUAAAACAAAGCUUCAUACUGUGACAGAUCUGUUUGCUAUGAAAACCAAUGAUUCCACAGUCAUAGUGAUGGCAGAACCCUAAAAUAUGCUACA